AUGGCCCAGUCCUCCCCUCUUGAUGUUCUGCUGAAAGGCAGCUCCGGCCAGAGCACGCGCGGUCUACUGCGGAUCAUCAUCCUCGUUACGAUCGCUGCGGCUGCUGUGGCCAGUCGUCUGUUCAGUGUUAUCCGAUUUGAAAGUAUUAUUCACGAAUUCGAUCCCUGGUUUAACUUCCGCGCAACAAAAUAUUUGGUUCAAAAUGGUUUCUAUAGCUUCUGGGAUUGGUUCGACGACCGAACCUGGCACCCCCUCGGUCGUGUCACUGGUGGCACGCUGUACCCCGGUCUCAUGGUGACCAGCGGCGUGAUCUACCACAUCCUUCGUUUCCUCACCAUCCCCGUCGAUAUUCGAAAUGUUUGCGUUCUGCUUGCGCCGGGCUUCUCGGGGCUCACGGCCCUGGCGAUGUACCUCUUGACAUGCGAGAUGUCGACCUCGCCCUCGGCUGGUCUUCUUGCCGCCGCCUUCAUGGGAAUUGCCCCUGGCUAUAUCUCGCGGUCCGUGGCUGGCAGCUACGAUAACGAGGCAAUUGCCAUUUUCCUGCUGGUCUUCACCUUCUUCCUGUGGAUCAAGGCCGUCAAGAACGGUUCUAUCAUGUGGGGAGCAUUGACUGCCUUGUUCUACGGAUACAUGGUCUCCGCCUGGGGUGGAUAUGUCUUCAUUACCAACCUCAUUCCUCUCCAUGUUUUCGUUCUUCUUUGCAUGGGUCGCUACAGCUCUCGUGUGUAUAUCAGUUACACCACGUGGUAUGCUCUGGGAACCUUGGGCAGCAUGCAGAUCCCUUUCGUCGGUUUCUUGCCCAUUCGUAACAGCGACCACAUGUCUGCUCUGGGUGUCUUCGGACUGAUCCAGCUUGUGGCCUUUGCUGACUUCGUUCGCGGCUUCUUGCCUGGCAAACAGUUCCAGAAGCUGCUUACUUCCAUGAUUCUGCUUACCGUCGGUCUUGGAUUUGGCGGUUUGAUCCUGCUCUCUAUUUCUGGUGUCAUUGCCCCGUGGAGUGGCCGUUUCUACUCGCUUUGGGAUACUGGCUACGCAAAGAUUCAUAUUCCGAUUAUUGCGUCGGUCUCUGAGCACCAGCCUACUGCCUGGCCUGCCUUCUUCUUCGACCUCAACUUCCUCAUCUGGCUUUUCCCAGCCGGUGUGUUCAUGUGCUUCCAGAAUUUGAAGGACGAGCAUGUCUUCGUGAUUAUCUACGCUGUGCUCUCUAGCUACUUCGCUGGUGUCAUGGUCCGCCUGAUGCUCACUCUCACUCCGAUUGUUUGCGUCGCUGCCGCCCUUGCCCUGUCGGGCAUUCUCGACAACUUCUUGGUCAUGACGAAGCCGAACCCUGAGUCUCGGGCCAAGGCCACCGUGGAAGACUCCAAGUCGCUCCGCCCGACUCGGGACCCGGUUGUCGGCAUCUACUCGUACUUCUCUAAGACCGUUGUUACGUGUUCGAUCUCUCUUUAUCUGCUCCUCUUUGUUGCGCACUGCACAUGGGUCACCUCGAACGCCUAUUCGUCCCCCUCCGUUGUGUUGGCGAGCCGCAUGCCCGAUGGGAGCCAGUUCAUCAUCGACGACUACCGCGAGGCCUACUACUGGCUUCGCCAGAACACCCCCGACAACGCUAAGAUCAUGUCUUGGUGGGACUAUGGCUACCAGAUCGGUGGCAUGGCCGAUCGCCCCACUCUGGUUGACAACAACACUUGGAACAACACGCACAUUGCCACCGUUGGCAAGGCCAUGAGCUCGCGCGAGGAGGUCAGCUACCCUAUCCUCCGUCAACACGAUGUCGACUACGUUCUAGUCGUCUUCGGCGGGUUGCUGGGCUAUUCCGGUGAUGACCUGAACAAGUUCCUGUGGAUGGUCCGUAUCGCCGAGGGUAUCUGGCCUGAUGAGGUGAAGGAGCGCGAUUUCUUCACUGCUCGUGGCGAGUACCGUGUCGACGAGGAGGCCACUCCCGCCAUGCGUAACAGCUUGAUGUACAAGAUGUCUUACUUUAACUACCAGUCCCUCUUCCCGACCGGCCAAGCCGUCGACCGGGUUCGCGGUACCAGCGUGCCGGCUGACAGCCCGCAGCUCAACACCCUCGAGGAGGCUUUCACCAGUGAGAACUGGAUCAUCCGCAUCUACAAGGUCAAGGAUCUGGACAACUUCGGCCGUGAUCACAACAAUGCGGUCGCCUUUGACAAAGGUCUUAAGCGGAAGCGUGCUUCCAAGAAGAAGGGUCCUCGCGUUCUGAGAACCGAGUAG